CGGAAAAUAUCAGUACAGGAUGUUUAAAUGCAGUAUAUUAUUUUCGCAGGAUUUGAGGAACUUGGGAUAAAUAUAUUAAAUCGGGAUGGCACAUGAGACACAUUUAAAGAACAACAAAUACCGACAGUUGGUCAAGGCAGACCUAGGCCUUCGCUAUCUUCAAGAGGGACUUGCGCCAUUUUGUGAUGACAUAGGAAGACAGCAGCACAAAGAUAUUAUAAACCAAAUACAACAAACAAAGACUCCUCAACCAAAUGUACCAUGCGUCGCCUGUCAGAUAACAACUCUCCAGCCAGACCAUGUCCGAGUCUCAAGAGGUAUAUGUCCCUUCAAGCAAGAUAAAUGCAACUGUUGCUUUCCAAAUAAUAAGAAACCCUGUCCAAACAACGUAUGUGGUGCCAUCUAUGACAACAUUAUACAGAAUCAUGCAUCAAUGCCACCGGCACCUUUUUGGAGAAAUAGUGAUGCCCAACAGUGGUCAACAGACCCAUGGAGCGUGUGUAAAUGUUUUAUAAAUGCUCCUGGGUACAAGGCCAUUACAUCAGCAGCCGACACUGAUAUUACAGGGUUGCUACAUCUUAUCAUAAAUGACAAAUAUUUUCAUAGUCAUAUUGGAUGCAAUGUUGCAGGAACUAACAAUCUUUUUGCAAAGGUACGACAGUUUAGAAAUAUGAUUGUUCACUCUACAAGUAUGGAAUUAGAGGAACAUGAGUUUAAUACUUACAUUGAUGAUAUGAUAAGUGUUUUACAAGAUGGUAUGGAACUAGUACACAGACAAGAUGCACAGCAAGCAGUACUAAAACUUCAAGAACUUAAGGAGGAUUUCGUUAUAACUUCUGAAAUCAAGGAUGAAAUGUCAGAAAAUGUUGCUGCUGAAGAGGAACAUGAGGAGCUUAAG